UUUGUGGAUCUGGACGAGAAGAAGACUAAAUCCUCAGACCUCAGCUCUUUACAGUAAAGAGUUUCAACUGUUUGAGAAAACAAUGGAAAUGCAGGACAACACCACCUUCAACAACAUUGAUGACUUCAACAUCACCAACAACAGCAGCAGCCAAUCUGACUUUAAUGUUGAGUCAAUCAUACAUUUAGUGGAAUUAAUAGUUAUUUGCACAGGACUUCCUCUGAUGCUGGUGGCGAUCUGUGCGGUUUAUUGUCUGAUCCAAAAAGAUCACUCUGUUCCGGUCUACAUCAUCAACCUUCUCAUUUCUGACCUUAUUCAGCUCUGCUGCCUGGCAGCUUGGAAGGCAGGCGAGUCACAUGACAUCAUAAGCUACAGUUACCUCCUUGCUCUAACAGGCAGUGUUGGAUUUAUGGUCUGCAUCUCCCUGGAGAGGUAUUUGGUUAUUGCCAAGCCGCUGUGGUACAGAUUCAGGAGGAACAUCAAGAUGUCUCUGAUGGUCUGUGCCGUGGUAUGGACAUUGGCAUUUGCCAGUGUUCUCCCUUACUGUUUUAAUGUAAACCAUCAGGUUGUAGAAAUGAUCUUUGCUGCCGUCUUUCUCCUUCCAUUCCCCAUUUUGAUUUUCUUCCUCAUUGAAACCAUCAAAGCUCUGUCUGCAGCUUACAGUGUCCCUGCUGAGGAAAAACGAAGGAUAGUAACACUUCUGGUUGUGGUGCUACUUAUUUACACUCUCCUGUUUCUUCCUAACAUUAUUUGGUCAUUAGUGGAAGAACUAAGAUUUAACCAGAUUUUUGACAGCUUGGCUUGCAUUUGUCUUUGUCUAAGUCCUCUGGCAGAUGUAACCAUGUACUUUUGCAUUAGAAAAAGUGCGAUGGACAAACUACUGAAGUCAUGCUGCCAUUGUGAAAUGUUAGGCAAUCAGAAAUUAAGCAGCACAGCUGUUGAAAACACGUCUGCACCAUGCACCAACACAGUGUAA